UGGCUCAGUGCAAGCAGUGCAUGUUGGUUGGGGGGCUUUUUUGGGCUCGGGGCUUGUGGCCGAGCGAGCAGGCCCCUGUUUUCGUCAACCAGCAUGGUGACCGUCGUGAACUCCAAGGCUGAUGUGCUCAAGGCAGCGCAAGCUCUGGCGGUGAACCUCAAUGCGGCGAAAGGGCUGCAGGAGGUGAUGAAGUCGAAUCUCGGUCCACGAGGAACACUGAAGAUGCUGGUGGGCGGGGCUGGGCAGAUCAAGAUCACCAAGGAUGGAUCAGUGUUGCUCAGUGAGAUGCAGAUCCAGCAUCCCACAGCCUCCAUGAUCGCCCGAGCAGCAAGUGCGCAGGAUGAGUUCACAGGCGAUGGGACGACAUCCAGUGUGAUGUUCAUCGGGGAGCUGAUGAAGUUGGCCGAGCAAAGCCUGGCCGAAGGCCUCCACCCACGGCUCAUUGCAGAGGGCUUUGAGCUUGCACGCGAAGAGACAGUGAAGUUCUUGGACAACUUCAAGAUCCACAUCGACGAGCCGCUCAAGGAGCGUGAGAAGUUGGUGUGCGUGGCGAGGACGUCUUUGAGGACCAAAAUCGCACCAAACCUAGCCGAUCCCAUGGCAGAGGUCGUGGUAGAUGCUGUUCGUACCAUCAAAAAGGAGGACCAGCCUCUCGACCUCAACAUGGUGGAGAUUUUGCACAUGAAGAACAAGUUGGUGACUGAUACCCGUCUCAUCAAGGGGCUGGUUCUCGACCACGGUGCGAGACACCCUGACAUGCCAAAGCGCUUGGAAAACUGCUACAUUCUCACCGCGAACGUAUCAUUGGAGUAUGAGAAGAGUGAGGUCAACGCUGGCUUCUUCUACAGCAGUGCAGAGCAGCGAGAGAAGUUGGUGGAUUCUGAGCGGAAGUUCACUGAUGAGAAAGUCAAGAAGAUCAUUGAGUUGAAGAAGAAGGUUUGCACAGAGGAAAAUAAGAAGUCCUUUGUGCUGAUCAACCAGAAGGGCAUUGACCCGCCAUCUCUGGAGAUGCUAGCACACGAGGGCAUCAUCGCGCUGCGCAGGGCGAAGCGCCGCAAUAUGGAGCGGCUGCCCCUGGCCUGUGGCGGGAUUGCUGUCAACUCCGUAGAUGAUUUAGAUGUGGAUGAUCUUGGCCAUGCAGACCUUGUGUACGAACAAAGCUUGGAGGACGACAAGUUCACCUUCAUUGAGGGUGUGAAGAAUCCUCAGAGCUGCACUGUCCUCAUCCAGGGCUCAACGGAUCAUGCCGUUGCACAAAUGAAGGAUGCCAUCAAGGAUGGUCUUAGAGCAGUGCAGAAUGUCGUGGAAGAUGAGGCCAUCGUCCCUGGCGCCGGGGCGUUUGAGGUGGCGGCCCAUGUGCACCUCGAAGAGUUCAAACGCUCGGUGGAUGGGAAGCCUCGCUUGGGGGUGGAGAUCUUUGGAAAGGCAUUGCUUGUGGUGCCGAAGACGCUCCUGGAGAAUUCGGGCAUGGAUGUGCAGGAGAAGCUGCUCAGAGUUCUUGCUGAUCGUGAGAACAAGCAGAAGGUUGUGGGGGUCAGCGUCUCCAGCGGAGACCCCAUCGAUCCGGCCAUUGAAGGCAUCUAUGACAACUUCUUAGUCAAGAAGCAGAUGCUGGGGCUGGCUCCAGUCUUGGCAGAGCAGCUGUUGCUGGUCGAUGAGGUGAUCCGGGCAGGGAAGUCCAUGAAGAACGACGGUGGGAUGCAGGGGUAGCCAGGGAAGCUGUGGUCAAGUGGUAUGGCUCAAUUUUGGCGGGUUGGGCAACCAGUCACAGAC